AUGCCCCGAGCGCCAUCGACACCGCGAACGCCACGCGCGGGCGGCCGACGGCGCGUAACCGGAGCGACCGGCGGCGACGGUAACGACGGAGGCGGGCGACCGCUACGUCGGCCCCUUGGGCAGGAGCCUCCGCGGGAGGACCUGCGCGCCGGUGCGCCAUACGCGGGGACGGCGCCGUCGAUCACGCCGCAGGAGGCGCGGCGGUUGGUGGACGAGUACCCCUACCCGCGGCACCAGAACCAGGUGGGGUACCAGCACCCUCCGUACCCCGCCGAAUAUCAGAACGAGGCGAUCCGUCUGACGGGGCGGUUGGUCGAACCGUCCUGCGACCGUUGCGCGGAACGCGGGACCGACUGCAUCUUCGGCGCCGUGUCGUUCCGCUGCGCGUGUUGUCUGGAGGCGGAGGUCGGCUGUCACUUCCACGGGCGUUCCUUCAGGGACAUGCCCGUGGAGCGUCGUAGCGCGGUCGACCUCAGUCCCGACGAGGUGGGGAUGCUCGCUCGCUAUCGAGCGGAGCGAGCGAACCGCGAGCGAGACGAGCGGCGCGCGCGGCGCGCGAGCCGUCGCGAGGCGCUGCAGCGGGACAUCGCCGCGGCUACGCCGGAGGACGCGCGAGAGCUGGCUCGGCAGCUCGUCGAGGGGUCCGUCGAUACCCCAAGCGAAUCGGGCGAUGGCGUUGGGCCCGGAGCCUCCGCCGAUUCAGGGCCGUCUGGGGGAGUCGCGGCGGACAACCGACACGGUCCGUCCGCGCCUCAGACGCCCGUGACCCCGACGCCACGGAGGCGUCAGGUGUCGAGCGUGCGUCGCGCCGUACCGUACCCUCCCUCGGGGCAACGGUUACCGACGCGCACGCGGGUAACGAUCGCUGGGUCCCCGCCCACGCCGACGGCGGUGACAGCGAGUUCCUCGGUCGAGCCGAUCGAGGCCCCCAGUCGCGAAGUGCGCGCGCGGGCUGCCGAGCAGCGGGCGGCGCUGGGCCGUGGAGCGGCCCCCGUUCUCGCGACUGGCGGCAGCGUUGCGGGUCCCUCGGGAACCCAGGAGGUAAUGGACGUCGACUCGCCCGAGGCGGCCAGGGGGUCGCCGACCCAGCCUGAGGUGGUCCCGGCCUUAACCGCGGGGGACUUGACGCCCGCGCCCGUGGAGGAGGCGCGACCCAUGUACGAGGGGCCGGCCAACCCGUACCAGUUGGUGAGGGGGCGCUGGGUGUUGGUGGGGUCGGAGGAGCAGGGCGCGCGAUACCUGAGCGCGCAGGUGGAGCAGGUGAGGUUGGAGUCGUUGUCCUGGGCCGCGAUUCGUAUGCGCGAGGACCCGUUUCGGGACUUGAACCUCACGGCUCCUGAUGCCGACGGGAUGGUCGCCAUUCUCGACCACGUCCUGAUGCAGCGAGCGCGCUGGGUGAGUCACGUCGUCCGGGCCCGGGGCGAGGUUAUCCUGGAGCCCCUGGACCCGGCGAGGUGGGCCGUCCUGCAGACCCGUAUGCAGGCGUGGGCGAGGUGGGAGGUCAUGGAGCGGCUGCUGGUUGGCUAUGUGCCUCCCAUGAUGGUGUGGCACGAGGCGGAGGACCGGCUGCUGGCCAUCCGGCCUCCGCGUCGCAACGAGUGA